GGAAACGUUCACACAUUUGUUUGAUCGAAAUCUAAUUCCCAUUCCUUUCCUACAUUCUUUCUUGAGCAUAAUAUGCGAAUAACAAAGAGCGGUGAAUGAAAUGUUUCGCGGAAGGAAACCGCAAAUCGCCAAAGCAUCAAUUGCUAUUGAUUUGCGUGCGCGAUUUUCCAAUUUUUGUCCGUUCUGCAAGUCUCUCUUUCUCCUUUCUCCCUUCUUUCCUUCCUUCCAUCCGCCUCUUCCAUUCCUCUCCUUCCAUUCUCUUCCAAAUGAACUUAACGAUACACACGCUGUAUACACACGUAUUCUGAUAUUUCUCAUGUAAUUAUUAUGAACGGUAUUAACAACGGUGAAUUCAUCGUCAAAAACGCCGGCAGCUAUCGAUUCCCAUUGAUAGGCACAAAUGAUAAUUUUGUAUAUCGACAAACAUUAAUCGUUCGACUAUUAUGGAGCGGCCAUUAUGGAGCAAUUAUUUUGUCAAUUAAUAUUAUUAUUUUUUAUUAUACUUAUAGUUUUGAGGAUAAUGUGAUUUACAAAGAGGCUGCUUUAUGCGAUGUAAUGUCCGGACAAAUAAAAAAAUAAUUCGAAAAACAAAUAAUUCGAGAACCGGUUAAAUAAUAGAAAGUUUCCCGAAUUCGAAUUUUUCCGAAAAGAUGAGAACAAUAAUGGAUAAAGCAAAAUAUAAGCAACUGUUGUUGUACGAUUAUGGCUCCGCAGACAGAGACGGAAAGUUACACUACACCGAGGGAAGGGAGAGAAGGGCAGCCCCUCGAGCACUUUCCAGCCGCGCGCCGCCGGGAAAGCUAUUGACCGUGAGAACCUUCCGGGAAACCUCAUACCCCCGAAUACCUUCUGGUUUCCCCCUCGCCAUAUGCCCACUACAGGAAACACAGUUCUAUAGUCAAUUGAAUGGAAUUAGAUACGGUAAAUGUGCACAGUCUUAUCGGGAUGGAGCAGGGAUCAUCCAAAGAUCCAUGGAUAAGUCGUGAUUGUCUAUUUGACAGCGACACUCUCCAGGAAAUAUUUCAUAUGGACAUCCGAUGUUGCAACAACACGGAUCGAUUCGAUUGUUCGGAUCUUGGUUUCGAUUUUGGCGAUGUCUUGGCGCUCGAAGAAACUGAAGAAGAUCUAAUCGGCUUCAAUGAUAGCAGAAACCGUAAUUUGAGCAGUAACCUGAAAGAGUUAAAUCAUUUGGAUGAGUUCAGUGAUGACGACGAUUUGGCUUCCACGCUAGUGAAUCUGAAUUCGGUAUUGCCGCGUAAUCUGUCCGUGCCUGUCCGCAGUCCCGUAUUGGAUAGCGAAAGACCAAUAUUGGAGACGGUGAAUGUAGAGAGUACUGGUGAGAACGAUGAGGAAGAGACAGAAAACGAAAGUGAGCGAACCGAAAACGACGGCGAAAGCGAAGAGGAGGAAGAGGAAGAGGUAGAAAAUGAGGAGAACGAACACAAUGAAACGGAAUACGAGACAGAAGAAGAGUCGCAAGAGGACGAAGGGGAGGAGGAAGAGGAGGAGAUGGAGGGUGACGAGCAGGACGCGGUUGCUCGUCGGCGAUCGUUUACACCUUCGAGCAUGGAGGCAUUGACGAUAUCGUCCUCGUCGAUGGUCGGCGACAACAGGUCGUUAACUGCCUCUUCGCCGACGGUACAAUUGAUGAGAGUGCACAUGCAGCAUCCGAAAAUGAACACCGUAUCUGGUAUGGUCAAACUACAUGAUAUUAAGACUUUAGCGGCUAACUCGAGUGGUCAGAUAUCGCAGCAUAUACGUAAGCAGAUUUAUAACAAUAAUGUGCACGAUGUCAACUCAGACUCGACGACGAUGAUGAUACAAACGACAAAACGCGACAAGAACUUGGCAGGGCACCGCGACAAUCCUUACCCAAAGCCCGCGUACUCGUACUCGUGCCUGAUCGCAAUGGCGCUGAAGAAUAGUCGGACGGGAUCACUGCCGGUUUCCGAGAUCUACAACUUUAUGUGCCGACAUUUCCCAUAUUUCAAAACUGCGCCGAAUGGUUGGAAGAACUCCGUGAGACAUAACUUGUCGCUGAACAAGUGCUUUGAGAAGAUCGAGAAACCGCCCGGCAACGGUAGCCAGCGGAAGGGCUGUCUUUGGGCUAUUCACCCGUCGAAAGUAGCCAAGAUGGACGAAGAAGUACGGAAAUGGUCGAGGAAAGAUCCUAUAGCUAUCAAGCAAGCUAUGGUACAUCCUGAUCACUUGGAACUUCUCGAGCGGGGGGAUAUGAAGUACGAAAACGAUAGACACGAGGAGAUAUACGAGGAUGCUGAUAGCUACGUGGGCUCCGAGGUGGAAGGCUCCGCCGGGGACGAGAUAAUCGAGAACAUCAACGAUGAGGAAAAUGCUGUACAGGAAACUGAAAAAUUAAACAGGAAACACAUCGAUACCAUAGAUGACGAUAUCAUCGACGAUGAUAUUAUCGUGGAACAAUUUUACGACGAGUUUGAUAUCGAGAACGCUACUGAUAACGACACAUUACUUGAUACACGACUGAAUGUCCCUAAACAAAAACAGCCCUUUAUGUAUGAAUUAGUUUCCUGUGCAAAACGCCAGAAGACGCUUUUAAGUUCGUCUAUACAAAGCGAUUAUAUUUAUCAACAAAUCGAUGCGUCAUCCCGAAGGAAAACGCAUCUCGUCGCCCUACGUCCUGGAACUGCUCCAACCUCGGAAUCGUUUCGCGGAUCCAGUUAAGCCUACAUACGUGUACAAUUAAUACGAUGACAGCAUGUACUAUAAAUUUUAUUUCUAGAAUAUUGUAAAUAUUUGUGACAAUUCUGCUUUUCUACGCCCGAAAAUGACUGAAAAUGGAAAUUGUAAAUAACCGUGUUUUAUAUAAUUAUGUACUUUUUUAUACAAUGCGCUAGGAUAUUGUAAUUAAUAAAAUCAUAAUUUUUAAAUGUACAAAUCCUGUGUACAUAUAUGACGCGUUAAUGACGCUGUUUGUUUUUUUUUAGAAUCAUGAUAAUGGGACCAGCUGUAUAGCUCAUAAAAAUAGAAAAAUUUUCAAUAAUUUAAUAUUCUGCAUAUAUUUCUACAUACUGUGUAACUUGUAAAUAUAAGUAAGAAAUAUUUUCAAGUGAUUCGACUGAAAUCGACCAGAAAUUAAAUCCAGAUCAUCCUCGUUGAAUAAUUAUUAUUUAUAUUUUAGAUCAUUAAUUCAUUUUAAUAUUGACGGUUUGAGAUUUUCUGGAUCGCGAAUGCAUUCAUACCUAUUCGUGGAGUCAAUUUUCUUUAACAUUCCGAUAUCUUUUAAGAGUAUACAAAAAUAUACCUAUCAUGAAAUAAAAAUUAAUAAACAGUAUUAAAUUAACUGAUAAACAUAGAAUUUUGGAUUAUUUAAUCAUCUGACCAUGAACAUUUAGGCAUAAUGAUUUGGACAAAAUUGUCUGAGUAAAAAAAAUGGAAGGUAAUAAUUUUAGGAAUACUAUGAAGACCACAGACUUUCCGCAUUAACACUUUGGAGCCUGCCAUGUAUGUCAUUAAAAGUUUUUUAAUAAAUAUCAAUUUUUAAUGAUUAACUUUAAAAAAUUUUUUUAAUUAAUGAUUUUCUCAGAGAUGCAAAAAAAAUAUAGAAAUAGUGCGCAGAAUACAUGUCAGCUUUGUACUGGUCACGAGGAGGUACAUUAAUCACGCAAAGAAUACCCGAAGCGUUCGCAACUUGUCACUGCCAGUCACUGGUCAAAGAUAAAAUAACAUGAAUAUAGUUUGUAUAUGCGUAUAUAUUAACAUGUAUAUACUAUACAUUUGUUAAAGAUAACCGCAACAUAUCGAUCUCACGUAACAAUCUUUUUGCAGGAUUAUUAGUUCUUUAUCAUCAAUUUUUCAUAUGAUUAUUAUGUAAAUUUUGGCAAAUUAAUUAUAUUCAUCUCUUUGUGAAGUUGUCAGGUUUAUGUUAAAUAUCGCACAUACAUUUCAUUAUAUUAAUUAUGAAUUAAUGAUAGGAAACUUUUAACUGAUUUUAUUUUUGACAUCGUUAAUUUUCGACAGCAUCAACAAAUUACAAGGUAAAAAGUAUGUAAUGUUUAGAAUACAAAUAAACUUUCAGUAAGCAGUCUUUCAAUUUCACUUUUUAAAAAUGUUUCGAAGAUGCAUUUUUGUAUCGCAAAUUUUCAAGAAAGAAGUAAUUCUAGAUUUGUUGAAAACUUCAUCAUUACAAUUUUGAAGUAAAAAUUGAAGAAAUUAGAAGAUAAUGAUUUGUUUUUGGAUUGUCUGAUUGGAUUGUAUGGCGCAUGUUAUACAUUUACAUAUAAAUCGUUCGUCGUGAACGUGGAUUUUAUUCCAUAUACCAGCAAAAGACCAAGCUUUUAUAAUGCAUUUAAGUAAGCGAUAAAUAAAUAACAUCGAAUAAUGCCAGGAAAAGAAAAAAAGGGAAAGGCGGGAGAAGUGAAUAAUAAAGGAAGAGAAAAAGCAGAAAGUAACAAUCAAAUUACUAGAACGUUUAGAGUAGUUUUGUACCUGUUUGUAAUAUUUCUAUACGAUGUUAAUGAGUAUGUAAUAUUUGUGUACGCAUUAAACAUAAGAAUAAUGUAUAUGUGCAAUGACUGCAAUUUCUAAUAAAAAAAACAUGGAUAAGCACA